AAAAAUAAAAAUGUAAAAUAUUAUAAAACCAAAAUCAGACAAAGAAAUUCUUUUAAGAAAUACUCCAGGCUGGUAAAAUACUCCUGAUAUUAGUUUUAUUUAAUUAAAGAAGUUAACUGGUUUAACAAAUUUUACUUACCAAGCCACUAACACGCAUGAAUCAGUUCCUUUUGAAAUGAAAGAUGUACUCUAUAGAGUAUUUGGCGUGGCUGAAGGGCUUAUAGACCGAAAAAAAGAGUACACAAUAUUUAAAAAAUUAGGUGAUUUAGGUUAAAGUCCUAAGUGUUUUGCUUCUGGUUAAAUCUGGAGGAUAGAAGAAUUCAUGCGCUCUAACCAUCCUUCUUUAGAAUAAAUGAGAGAUGUAAAAUACAGGAGGUUAAUGGCUAUAUAUAUGAGAAGUUUUAUGCCAUAAUGA